CCUCCAGAGCAGGCCAACUCCAGAACUCGCGGCCCUCCUAGGAACACUCCUACCUCCUUGGGGAGAAGCAGCCUCUAUGCAAGGCUGCAGACACAUGUAGAGGAACCCUGUGCUUCAGACAUGGGAGUUCUCAGAGAAGGAGUCAUCCUCCCCAGCAGCUAAACUUCAACAUCUCGAGCCUCUCUGGUCUGCUGUCUCCGGCGCUAACAGAAAGCCUGCUGAUUGCCUUGCCCCCAUGUCACCUCACGGGAGGGAACGCCACACUGAUGGUCCGGAGAGCCAACGACAGCAAAGUGGUUAGAUCAGUCUUUGUGGUGCCUCCAUGCCGCGGGCGCAGGGAGCUAGUGAGCGUGGUGGACAGUGGGGCUGGCUUCACCGUCACCCGGCUCAGCGCCUAUCAGGUGACAGACCUAACACCAGGCACUAAAUACUACAUUUCCUACCGAGUGCAGAAGGGGACGUCCACCGAGUCCAGUCCAGAAACCCCGAUGUCCACGCUUCCUCGAAGGAACAUGGAGUCUAUCGGGUUAGGAAUGGCCCGGACGGGAGGCAUGGUGGUCAUCACAGUGUUGCUGUCCGUUGCCAUGUUCCUGUUGGUCGUGGGCCUUAUCAUUGCCCUGGCACUGGGUGCCCGAAAAUGAGAAAGACUCUUGCAUCACAGGCUCCUCCAAGAAGCCCAGCCUGCUUUCUCCCAGGAUCCAGUCACUGGUUUUUCUCCGUGUCUUCUCUUCCCUUCUCGCUGCGGUCCCGUGAGAACUGAUUUUCCUCAUCCGUGUGCUCAGUCCUCACAAUAAAG